AUGGCCGAGCACAUGGCUAUCGAGAAGAAGCACCAAGAGAAUUUGGAGACAUUGAAGUGGAAGACGAUUGGACUCUUCAAGUUGACCGAGUACAGUGACAAAUACCCGUUUGAUGGACCACGGCCAAUAAUGACGCUCGUUGACAUGACACAAGAGGAUUUGUUCCGUAAACAGGCGAACUGCGUCCCAGUGAAGGUAAUAAAAGUGUGCGAGGGCGAGGACGGGAUUUAUGUCGACGAUACGAAACACGGGCAAUUCAAUGGAGUCGUCAUAUUGUACGGAUACAGCGGACGGAGGUGCUCAAUCAAAUUACGAAUCUCCGAUGCUCGUCAAUUCCGGAUCUUGUUUGAGAAGUCAACAAUGUUCCGAUUUGAAACGAACACACUUAAUAAAGAUGUGGAUUAUUGGAGGUGUUUUAGUAUUUCAUAAAUAAAAUCUAAUUGAGCGUAUUUCCAGACAAGAAAAACACUUGCAGAGCGAGCUUUUCCAGCUCACGCUGGAAGAUGGCGCCCCGAAACUGCAAUCAGCAUUUUAUGUGCUCGACGGUUUCCGAAUGAAUGCAGAAAGUCUCGAGCAAAUGAAGGACGAACAUCACAUGGAGCAUACUUUUGAUCGGAGCCAACUCAUGGCUGCAGCAAUGGCUCUGAACGACCAUCGGAAACUUGUCUGCAUCCAGGGACCGCCAGGCACAGGAAAGACAAGGACUCUCGCUUUCAUCAUCUACAAUCUUCUGAAAGAUGGAAAGACGGCGAUGGUGCUGACGCCAACGAGAGAAGCUCUUUCCAACAUCUUGAGCGCCACCACUAUCUUCCUGGAGAGAAUGAAAUUUAAAGUCCAAGAAUAUGGUAUGUCUACAGGAUGAGCAUUUCAAGUUGAACGUAAACUAACUUUCAGAACUCUCGACUCAGAAAAUGCAUGAAGACUUCCUGAACAAAAAUAGAUCAGAGGAAGUUGUGGAAGAGCUGACGAACAUUCAGAACAAGUUUGCUGCGCAAGAAAUAAGCCAGCAGGAUUACGACGCACAACUACUCGCCCUAAAGAAAAAGCUGUCCCUACAGUUCAUAAGGAAAGCAAAAAUUAUCUUUUCCACAAUAUCUGCGGGAUUUGUCGAUUUUGUUGCACGAUGUGGAGCGUUCAGACCGUCAGUCUGCAUCAUAGGUCAGUUUAAAUAACAUAGUCAUCAAUUAAAAUGCUAUGGAUAUUCAGAUGAAGCAGCGCAAGUCAUGGAAGCUCAGACAUGGCCAUCGGUCCCAUUGAUGCCGCGAAUUGUUAUGGCUGGCGACCCGCAUCAGCUUCCGGCUCUCGUGUUAACGCCCGAGUGAGUUCUUUCAAACAGAAAUAAAACAGAAGUUGAAUAACUUUCAACAAGAACGAUUUUUUAAAGUUACAUGUCAGAUAUUACCCAGAAAUAGUUCAUCGUUCUAGUUAUCAUGACACUCCGUUUUGAAAUACGGCUUACCCGAACACAAUCACUACAUUAUUAAUUUUUUAGAGGAAAAGAGUACGGACUGGAAACGUCGAUAAUGGAGCGUUUGUCGGUGCGAAAGAGCGAAUACAGCUGGGUUAUUCUCAACAACCAGUACCGCUCACACUCGGCUAUCAUGGAGUGGUCAAGCAAGGCGUUCUACAACGACGAGCUGAAACACUGCGUCGAAAACAACCUCCGCCUCUUAAAGUACAGUUUCCUAAUUUCUUUUUGAUUUCAAAAUUAAAGUUUUUCCAGAAUCAGUUCGGGGGACAUACGCUUGAACGAAAAACUGUAUGGACCCCUGGUCAUGAUUGACACAAGUCUGGAGACGGACAAAGUGAAAAUAGCAGAAUCAUGGGAGGAUGUUCAAAUCUCUACCAAUACGUCGAAGACGUAUUUUAACAAACGAGAAUCCGAGAUCGUCGUCCAGCACUAUUCGAAUUUGCUGGGUCAUGGCAUCAAGCACGAAGACAUCGCCAUCAUCAGUCCUUACAGAGGACAAACGGAAUUGAUAAGGAGCAUGCUCUUCUCCAGAGAUCCCGACAAUGCAGGAAAGUUCGCUGUCGGAACUGUUGACAGCUAUCAGGGAAAGGAGUUUGACGCGGUCAUUUUUUCUCUGGUGAGAAACAACCCGUCGAGUAAGUGCAAGACGUUCUCCAACUUGGAAAACAUUAUCUUAACAGGAACGCUUGGAUUCGUUUCCAACUUGCGUCGUCUGAAUGUGGCCAUCACCCGCGCCAAGAAGCACUUUAUGCUCGUUGGAAAUGGCUGGAUGCUCUCCGUGCAACGUCAGCAACAGAUCAAGGACCUGUUCGAGUAAGUUUCACUUUGCAAAAACAUAGUCACAGCGUAUUUUUGCAGAAAAAUCCGAUACGACCGGAAUCGUCUUCCUCCGGACUACGUGUUUGGCGACACACGGGGAGAGAUCAAUAAUGACCCGAACCUGAUCAAAAACAAUUUCGGAAAGGACUUUCGCGAGUUUAUCGCAGUCUGCAAGGAUCCGGAGAUGAAAAAGCCGCUGAUCGAUUAUUUGGAGGGAAUGAACGACCCACAGAGGCAACUCGCGCGAGAGAGCUGCACGACAAAAUAA